UUGCGCUGCCUCCUCUGUCGCCCGCAGGUGGGACACGACGCGGCGGAGCCGUUCUCCUUCCACUGGUGGGACCACGUCUUCAACAAGGCAGCUGCCAACAUCGCCGUGGAGGCCGGGCAGGAUGGUGUCUCCAUGAAGACUCUUUCCAAGGAGGGGCUCGAGAUCAGCAACAAGAAGCCCCGCAAGGCCGGCAGCACCAGCAGCAUGUUGUACGGCCGCUUUGUGAAGUCAGCCACGCUCACGGCACGUGGGGAGGAGCCCACAAAGCUGCCCCCCACCUCUGAGAGCAGCGAGGAGGAAGAGGAGGAGAAGCUGGACCUCUCUUCGGCCAGGAGGCUGACGGACGAGGAGCUGAUGCGAGCGUGUGGGGGCCGCACGGCGCACAAGGGUGCCCGUCACGGGCUGACCAUGAGUGCCAAGCUGGCACGGCUGGAGGAGCAGGAGCGAGCCUUCCUGGCCACCUACCGACAGCAGCCAAAGCCCCCGGAGAGCAGCUCCCCGGCAGAGGGGCAGGAGAAAAGAAAGAAGAAAAAAAGGAAACGGUCCAGGGAUGGAGCUGAUCCCGAGGUGCUGCAGAGCCAGGAGCCAAAUGAGGAGGAGGAGGUGGUGGGAGAGGAAGAGAAGGUUGUGAAGAAGAAGAAGAAGAAGAACCAGGAGCCAAGUGGAGAAGAGGAGGUGGCAGGAGAGGAAGAGAAGGUUGUGAAGAGGAAGAAGAAGAACCAGGAGAACCAGGAGCCAAGCGGAGAAGAGGAGGUGGCAGGAGAGGAAGGGAAAGCUGCAAAGAGCAAGAAGCAGGAGGACAAAGAAGAGCCAGUUGAGACAGAGAAGAAGAAGAAGAGGAAGAAGGACAAGAAGAAGAUGGAGAAUGAUACAGAAGAGCCGGCUGAGACAGAGGUACCUCUCGAAGACACAGACGGGCCAGACCAGGCUGGGCACGGCCCCAGGAAGAAGAGGAAGAAGAAGAAGAGGGAGCCAGAGUGAUGAAGGGUGAAGGCUGCUGGUCCCAUCUGGCUGUGAGGGUCCCGAUCCUGCCCGAUGGUGCUGGGGGUGCCCAGGGCUGCUCCAGGCUCUUCCCAGAAGGACCCCAGCGCCGUGGCCCAGCUGUGUGCUCCCUGCCUGGGGACACUGGGCUGGGACUGGUUGGUCUGGAGCUGGAUUGAGCUUUAUGUCACUCCCUGAGCCUUCCUCCCGUCAGGGGGGAUCCCAGUUCCCACCAGGCCCUGGGGGGCAGGGACCCAUUUGCUGUGGGUCUGUCGCAGAGGGACACAGGGGGACAGACCCCACGGAGAGUGGAAAUAUUUUGUCCAAGGGCUUAAAUAAAUCUUUAUUGCAGUGAAA